UGUUAGACAGAAAGAGAAAUGAUCAAGCAUAUCAAACUGUCCAGUUUCUUGAUGUUGUUCAACCAACUGCCAUCAAGGUUCUGUUUCUAUAUACGGACUCGUAGAUUGGUUCGAGUGGUUGUCAUAGUGUUUCUGAUAGUGUUCUAUUGCGAGUUCCUACACUACUACCUGGUGCUGCUGUGGUGCAUGUGGCCAUCUCUUGCCAGUGAAGGCAUCACAGGAACCAAGCCGGUGCGAGCUAUGUUCAUCGGGGACACACAUAUACUGGGUUCUGAUGCACACUGGUUUGAUAAACUGAGAAGAGAAUGGCAGAUGGUUCGAUCAUUCCAGGCUAGCAUGCUGAUACAUCAUCCAGAAGUGGUCUUUAUAUUAGGAGACUUGUUGGAUAAUGGGAAAACGUGUAGUCAAAAGGAGUUUGAUUAUCAUGUAUCAAGAUUUCGGAGAAUGUUCCAGACUCCAAAAGAUACAAGUACAGAGAUUAUAGUAGGAAACCAUGAUGUGGGAUUCCAUUAUAUGAUGUCAGAUCGAAAGCACAACAGGUUCAAAGAUGCCUUUUCCACACCUCCAGUGCGCCUUGUUACAAUUGGCGAUGUUAUUUUUGUACUCUUAAACAGUAUGGCUAUGGAAGGGGAUGGAUGCAAUAUAUGUCACGAGGCGGAGGAUAAAUUACGACAAAUAAAAUGGCAGCUUAAAUGUGCCAAAGCAAUAGAGGAGAAGAAUAACAUUCCAGACAUCUGCAAUACUUUAGAGCCAAUAUCAAACACAAGGCCUGUUCUGCUGCAGCACUUUCCGAUGUACAGAGAGUCGGACAAAAAUUGCUCAACACCAGAUGCUGCACCAGAUGAUGAAAAGUUUAUACCUUUCAGGGAAAAAUGGGAUUGUAUAUCAAAAGAAAGUAGUACUAUGUUGUUAGAAUAUCUAGAUCCACGCCUCAUUGUAAGUGCCCAUACACACCAUGGUUGCUAUCGGCUACAUGAAAAUGGUGCACCAGAGUACACAGUAGCUUCCUAUAACUGGAGAAACAAGAAAGCUCCUUCUUUUCUCCUAGCAGAGAUCAGUGAUAAAGACUUUAUAAUUAACCGAUGCUACCUUCCAAAUGAAGUGACAGUAUUUAGUAUCUAUAUUACUGGUGGAAUACUAGCACUUGCCUGCCUCGUCAUACCUCCAUUACACAAACAAUCAGUAUUGCCUACACCAUCAUAUAAACUACACUGACCCUAAACUGUUUAAUGCUUAUCAUGCUGGACAUGAUUGAUUCUGCUGUUGCAACCAGUGCAGAUCAUGAUCAGCCUGCACAUAUGUGCAGUCUGAGCAUGCUGUGCUCUGUUUGCUAUUCAGUCAGUCUCCUCUUGGUAUGCACCCCUUUUAACAGUUAAUGGUACUGUCCAAAUUGAAAGUUCAUUAUAAAACUUUAGCAGGGUAAUGGUUAAAUGCUCACAAUGAUUUGUAAUUUUGGCUUAUAUUGUAGCAGCCACAUCUUUUUGUUACAAACAUGAAAUGUAUUAAUUUUUUGUUAAAUCUUACUUCUAGUAAUUGUUUUUUAUGCCCCCGAAGGGAGGCAUAUAGUUUUUGAACCGUCUGUCCGUCUGUCGGUCCAUCAGUCUGUCAGUCAGUCAGUCUGUCCGCAAUUUUCGUGUCCGGUCCAUAUCUUUGUCAUCGAUGGAUGGAUUUUCAAAUAACUUGGCAUGAAUGUGUACCACAGUAAGACAACGUGUCGCGCGCAAGACCCAGGUCCGUAGCUCAAAGGUCAAGGUCACACUUAGACUUCAAAGGAUAGUGCAUUGAUGGGCGUGUCCGGUCCAUAUCUUUGUCAUCCAUGGAUGGAUUUUCAAAUAACUUGGCAUGAAUGUGUACCACAGUAAGACGACGUGUCGCGCGCAAGACCCAGGUCCGUAGCUCAAAGGUCAAGGUCACACUUAGACGUUAAAGGAUAGUGCAUUGAUGGGCGUGUCCGGUCCAUAUCUUUGUCAUCCAUGGAUGGAUUUUCAAAUAACUUGGCAUGAAUGUGUAUCACAGUAAGACGACGUGUCAUGCGCAAGACCCAGGUCCGUAGCUCAAAGGUCAAGGUCACACUUAGACGUUAAAGGUCAUUUUUCAUGAUAGUGCAUUGAUGGGCGUGUCCGGUCCAUAUCUUUGUCAUUCAUGAAUGGAUUUUAAAAUAACUACGCAUGAAUGUGUGACACAGUAAGACGACGUGUCGCGCGCAAGACCCAGCUCCGUAGGUCAAAGGUCCUAAACUCUAACAUCGGCCAUAACUAUUCAUUCAAAGUGCCAUCGGGGGCAUGUGUCAUCCUAUGGAGACAGCUCUUGUUUCAUAUAUUUAACAAAAGAUUUGAACAAUUGGUUCAGUUAGUAGGAAGGAUUCCUGAAUCUUUUAUUUUUGAUUACCUCCCUUUUAUGAUAGUGCAGAUCAUGUAAGACCAUGUGUAUUAUUGAAAGAAUUGAUUUUCUAAAAUCAUAUCAGCAUAAAUACUAUCUACUUGGACAGCUGCUUUGUCUGUUUUCAACAUAAAAGCCAUAUGGGACUUUAACUAUAAUCAUUUACCAGAUAUUGUUUAAGAUAACCAUUGGAACAAAGGAUUUGAAUGGACCGAAACUUCCAGCAAAUCAGUAGUUUGGCAUGAAUGGUGAUCUUGCAUUUAGAUUUAGAUGAAUUAAAUGCAUUUUGAUAUUGAACAGUACCACUUACAUCAGGAAAUAAAUGAAUACUGAUAUUGAACAUUGUCACUUGCAUCAGGAAAUAAAUGAAUACAGAAAUAAAUGAAUACUGAUAUUGAACAUUGUAUUUUGCAUCAGGAAAUAAAUAAAUACCGAUAUUGAACAUUGCCACUUGCAUCAGGAAAUAAAUGAAUACUGAUAUUGAACAUUGUCACUUACAUCAGGAAAUAAAUGAAUACUGAUAUUGAACAUUGUCACUUGCAACUGAUAUUGAACAUUGUCACUUGCAUCAGGAAAUAAAUGAAUACUGAUAUUGAACAUUGUAUUUUGCAUCAGGAAAUAAAUGAAUACUGAUAUUGAACAUUGUCACUUACAUCAGGAAAUAAAUGAAUACUGAUAUUGAACAUUGUCACUUGCAACUGAUAUUGAACAUUGCCACUUGCAUCAGGAAAUAAAUGAAUACCGAUAUUGAACAUUUCCACUUGCAUCAGGAAAUUAAUAAAUGUAUACUGAUAUUGGACUUUGCCACUUGCAUCAGGAAAUAAAUGACUGGAAGUUAAACAUUGCCACUUGCAUCAGGAAAUAAAUGACUGGAAGUUAAAAUUGCCACUUGCAUCAGGUAAUAGCAGUUAGUAUCAAGAUACGCUAUGUCCAUCAAUGCUUUGAAUUUUAAUGAUUUUUUUAGUUAUGAAUAAAGAAUACAGUUUUUUA